CGUAGCUGUAUCCCCUCUUGCCAAAAAGGGGUCCUGCGGAUCUCUACGUACACAUUUCAAACAGGAAAUCAUCUUUCCACUGGAAAGCAACAUCCUGCAGAUUUAUUAUACUAUUUCAAGAUGCUUUCAAUGUUUAAGUCCAUUCCGACUCACAUGGACUAUAAAGGACAGAAACUUGCAGAGCAGAUUUUCCAAGGAGUAAUUCUGGUGUCAGCGGUGAUCGGUUUCAUCUAUGGCUACCUCUUUCAGCAGUUCGGGUGGACUGUUUACAUUAUGUUGGCUGGAUUUACACUAUCCUGUUUGCUCACAUUGCCUCCCUGGCCGAUGUACAGGAGAAAUCCUCUCAGCUGGCAGCCUGCUCUUCCCGAGACAACAGGAGAGAUUCGUGAGAAACCUCAAGAGAACCUUAAGAAGAAGAAACAUAAGUGAUUUACAGAUGUAGUUUAGUUCAGAUAUGGUAAAAAUAUUCAAAAACUUAUGGGUGAUUAUGGAAUUUCCUGUAUUAUUUUUUUGUCAGCUUUUUUUCAAAUGGUUAUGUUUUUAUUUGGCACUCAUUGUCAUGUAUUCCAAGAUGUUACAGGCUAUACCAAUAUCAUAUUUUCUGUAAAGUGUCUUGUAUUGCUUAAAAAAGUCAUGAUUUCCUGUUGUCUGAAUUAGUCAGUGUCAAUUGUUACUAAGUAACUCUAUAAGAGAC